GUAAACCUACCGAUAAUAGGGAUAAGAUGAAAAAGAACAUAACAGUUUUGCGGGGCAUAGCUCUUGUGGUUGGAAUCAUGAUUGGCACGGGGAUCUUCAUCACUCCAAACUCUAUCACCAGGAGAGUGAACGCUCCUGCUACAUCAAUCCUGGUCUGGCUGGCAGGUGGGGUGAUGGCAGGUGUCGGUGGUCUUGUCUUCUGUGAGCUGGGGACCAUGAUACCGGUCUCCGGGGCCGAGGUUGCAUAUCUUAAAAAGAUAUACGGCCCUCUGCCUGGCUUUUUGUCAGUUUGGCUUAAACACCUUCUGUUGGGUGGUAUGCGUCGUGCUAUUGGUGUACUAGGGUUCUCUAAGUACUUCUGGACUCUAUUUUACGAGAAUCCAGAAGUUGAAGUUAACUGGUGGGUCUCUAAACUAGUCGCUCUAUCAGUCUUAUACAUCAUAGUUGCACUCGUCACCUUCAAACCGACCUUCAUACUGAAAUGUAUCGUGUUUUUCACUGCUACUAAGGUCGUUGCUGCGAUAAUUAUAAUAGUAGCAGGAUUUGUUUAUCUAGCUAAAGGACAUACAGAAAACAUCUCUGUGGGCUUUGAAGGGACUAACACUGAUGCUAAAGAGUGGGGAGAUGCAUGGAAUGGGGUCAUUUGGUCUUAUCUGGGCUGGGAUCAGAUUUGCACCGUCACAAGUGAGAUCCAAAAUCCUCAACGAAACAUACCUAUCAUAGUUAUGAGUUCAGUGACAAUAGUCACCGUUUUGUACCUGCUGACAGUCAUCAGCUAUCAUAUAGUCUUGCCUCUGAGUAUUAUGACGCAGGAUAAAGCGGUGGCCAGUGAAUUCGGGUUCCAGACCAUGGGAGAUGCAGGGAAAAUUAUUUUAGUACUAUCCGUAGUGCUGUCGGCUUUAGGAAACGUUCAAUGUAACUUUCUUACCCAAAGCCGGUACAUUCACUCAGGAAGUGUGGAAGGCUUUCUCCCCUCCUGCUUCGGCUUGGUCAGCAAACGCUUCAGAACUCCCAUAGUGUCCAUCCUGUAUCUGACUGGAGUUACCUCGGUGUUUGUCAUAGUCGGAGGUAUUGAUGAUCUGAUAAGUUCAGCUAGUUUUACAAUGGUACCGUUUUACACUGCUUGCUCGGCUGGUGUGUUUGUCAUGCGGAAAACACAUCCUGAUAUCCCCCGGCCUUACAGAGUACCCCUAAUCUUCCCUGCUCUCUUCAUUCUCUUUGGGCUGUAUGUGUUCAUCAACCCCUUCUUGGGUGGAGAUUGGUUGAUAUCUUUGAUUUGGGUUCUGGUCCUGCUGCUGGGAAUUCCUCUUUAUUAUCUUAUUCUGAAGAACGUGUUUCGGCUGGAGUUUCUUGGGAAGUGGGAUGAAACUGCUACAGCUUUCUUUUCAAGACUGCUCAACUGUGAUUAG